AUGCGAUCCAUUUCCGUGGUACUCUCUACUAUUCUAACAGCAACUUACGCGCUGCCGUCAGCCGACAAGAUCUCUCCUGAUACCAUUAACAUCGGCUUCGAUGACCCUGAAUAUGGUAAACAUGCUUUGACUAUGGAGAAGCUUAUGCAAGAGAAACUUCGAUUCUGGCAGGAAAUGGAGGAUAUUGGAGGUUUCAACGAUACAUAUGAGGCUUCUGGGUCAAAGGCUUGCUCAGGCGGCAAAGCUGGUGAAUACAAGUGCAGCAACAUCGACCUCAUGAGCUUCCUACCCCAUUCUAGCCUGGGUGGCAAGAGCGCGAAGGGCAAUGAUGUCUGGGGCUGGACAUCACCUGAUGGCCGUGAAUUUGGCGUUGUUUGCCAGUGGGAUGGAACGGCUUUUGUCGAAGUUAAGAAGGAUGGCAGCAUGGUCUAUCUCGGCCGAUUGAAUUCCCAGGCAGGAGCAUCACAGUGGCGCGAUGCAAAGGUUAUCGCCGAUCACGCCUACAUUGGUGCCGAAUCCAGUGGCUCUGGUAUGCAGAUUUUUGACCUCAAGCAGCUCCUUGACAUCAAACCGGAUGCCCCAAAGAUAUGGGCGAAGGAAGAUGUUGUUUUGUUCAAGGAAUUUGGAAACUCUCACAACAUUGUCGCCAACCCCGCAACACACACCAUCUUUGCAGCCGGCACGGGCAAGGAUCUCAAGUGCAAGGGCGGUCUCUGGAUGGUCGAUGUCAAGGAUCCCAAGAACCCCAAGGAUGCAGGCUGUGUCGCUGAAGAUGGCUACACUCACGAUGCUGAUUGUGUCAUCUACAAUGGGCCACACAAGCAAUAUCAAGGUCGGGAAAUCUGCUUCAACUACAACGAAAAGCAGCUGGCCAUCUUUGAUGUUACGGAGCGCUCCAAGCCUAAAAUGUUGUCGAGAAUGACAUACAAAGACGCUGUUUACUGCCACCAGGGCUGGAUCAUUGACCCCGAAAUGAAGUAUCUCGCGUUUGAUGACGAGGCUGAUGAGAACUUCGGCUGGGGCCCUGCGAAGGGCGGCAAGACCAUUACAUACAUUGUUGACAUCCAGGAUCUGACUGCUCCCAAGAUUACUGGCUACUUCCAGUCUUCGCAAAAGGCGAGCGACCACAAUCUGUACUCCAUCGGUGGCAUUGUGUACCAGUCCAACUACGGUGCAGGUCUUCGUGUUAUUGACAUGCGUUCCGUUGUGGAAGACCCGACCGGCAAGAAGUUCCAGGAAAUUGGCUACUUUGAUGUUAGACCUGAAGACGAUGCUGAGGGAGGCAAGCCAGGCUACGUCGCCGCUUGGUCUGUCUAUCCUUUCUUCAAAAGUGGUCAUAUUUUGAUCAACAGUAUCGAACGUGGUAUCUUCUCCGUUAAAAUGAGAAGUUAAAUGAAAGCUAGUACGAAUGUCCGCGAAAGGACUGCGAAGUCAGCAGAGAACAUGACAGUUUAUCUUGUCUGAGAUUACUCCAAAUUGAAUAUAAGUUAUAUAUUUAUCUGUGAAUAUUUUGCGGGGAUUUUAUAAACACUCUUACACUUAAUUUAUCAAUAGCAGAGUAGGCGUGAAUUGAUCCUCUCCUCACACUCUAUCUGGCUUGCCAGCUCUAGUGUAAGCCGAACUCCAGUUCGUGCAUAGCCAUAAUAUGCCGGCACAGUUGUGCUCCGCCACGUUUAAGCGCCCACUGGACCUCCCAAGAUGCACGCCGAGCAAACCGUAAUAUAUUCAAAGAAGCAAAGUCCAGAGGCAGACGGGCAGCUACUGCAAACCCACAAUUAGUUUGUUAACGGUUCAACGCCUGGGAUCUACUUGUCGGAAUUCGGCACGGGAAACGUCCACAGGUGUAUGUGGUCGAUGGGGGCUGUGCAAGUGCUGGCAAAUCAGAUCCAGCGAGCAAGCGCCGAUGGUCCAGAUGCAUGUCAUACACGCCCUGAUAGGCCAUUGAACCUUGCAACUGCGAAGCGAUUCUACGAAAACCCAGCAUCUAUGUAUACUAUAACUCGGCUCCUUUGGUAGAGCAUAGCCACGCUCCUGCACGUAGCAGCGGCUCACGGCCGGGAUAUGGAUGCCGGGGGCUUGUGUCGUUUGUUCUUGCGUGAGAGCCGGGACGUGACAUAUAACUGUCCCCCAGAGCCUUCUCAUUAUUCUAAUACAUCCAAUUCUACAGACCAAAUCUUUUAAUCUUAUUUUUGUCAAAUAUUCCCAAGAUCCAUCACACACAUACACCAUGGGCCUCGUGAAAGACGCUCUCAAGCUUAUUGCCAUUCCCGUUAUUGUGGCGGUGGUCGUGAUCGCCGCCGCCCUGUUCAUUUUCUGCUGGCGUAGAAGGCGUGCAGCACAGAAAGACCUGGAAAAGGCUGCCGCUGAGCGACCGGCCUACAUCUGUCCUCCACAACCACCACCAAAUCACGCGUACAGUGGCAUGCAACCGAGCGAAGUGACCCAACCACCGCAAUACUAUGCUCCCCCCAAGUGAGCAGCCAAUCUUGGGCCAUAUCUGACAAUGGGCAAUCGAAUCAACGACGACUGUCGCGGGCGACGGUAUUGUGUACAGCAUGGACGGCGAUGGGAUGUUGAGGAAUGCCGCCAGAUUUCAUGGUGCUAUUUUUUUAUCUGGGCCUUUAAUGGAGUCAUUUGCAUAUUGCAUUUUAUUUAUAGAGCAUGAUUUAUGAAAUAUUCCAUUUAACUGUCUAUGAACCUCGAACAGUAUUGGUAGUUGUGAUGUCGUCGGGUGUGGUGGCGCCAGCCUUGAUCGGAAAUAUUUCGACCUUCGUGGCUCCUGCAACACUACAGAUGAUCUUCGUCUUGCUUUAUAAAUACGAUCCAAAAUGAUACCUUAGAUUCGACGAAGUG